UUUCCCUUCUCUGGAACUCAAACCUGUUCCAGCAUGACUAUGCUCCUGUGCACAAAGCGAGCUCCAUGAAGACAUGGUUUGAGAAGGUUGGACUGGAAGAACUCGAGUGUCCUGCACAGAACCCUGACCUCAACCCCACUGAACACCUUUGGGAUGAACUGGAACACCGACUGAACCCCAGACCUCCUCAUCCAAUAACAUCACUAACGCUCUUGUAGCUGAAUGAACAAAAAUCCCCACAGCCAUGCCCCAAAAUCUAGUGGAAAGCCUUCAUAGAAGAAUGGAGAUUAUUAUAGCAGGAAAAGGGGGAUUAGGCACAUGUGAUUGAGAUGGUCAGGUGUCUACAAACAUGAUAUAAAAGAUAGAUGUACUUUUGGGUGUAUAAACUCUUGCCUCCUAGUGCUGCUCAUGAGCGCCCCAUACUGCGCAUGCGUAGAAAUGAGCCGGUCCGGCGCGAGACGGAGAAAGACGUAGAGAGAGAGAGAGACAGGCAGAGAGAGAGAGAGAGAGAGUCGAAGCAGUUCAGAGUGGUGAGGAAUAGGGUCUCGAAUGCUGAGAACAAUGCAAAAGUUAAAUAACUCUUGAAAUGCGGCAAAAUAAUGAAGAAUUUGUAAAAACACGGAAUCUAGAAGGCGUGCUGCUGACAAACUGAUAAAGUUUUUUUUUUUUUUUUUUAAACAAAUCAGUUGGUGAAGAGGACAUUUUGGACGCGUCAAACUUUUUGCAUCAGUUUAAAAAGUUUUUUUUUUAGUCUUUCGGGAAUGUGUGAUGCUUCUCUGAUGGGAUGAAUCUUCUGUGCGUUCAGCUGAUCAUUUCUACUGUGUUGUUAUGAGCACGCAGGAGGAGUGAGCGCUGGGAAACAAAUGCUUUGCGCUGUUUUACCGAUGACAAGCCCGGUCUGUGUAACGCACGAGCCCUGAACAGGACCGGUCUGUGUAACGCACGAGCCCUGAACAGGACUGGCUCGUUGUCUUGUUUUGUUUUGGGUUUUUUUUUGGAGGGCUAAGUGGAAGGGAUGGCUGGCGUGGUGCGCACCCUGAGCCGGUGUCUGCUCCCCGCUGAGCCCGGCCACGAGAGGAAUAACGGGAAAGACGGAGCGCGCGAGCGGGACGCGACCCAAGCGCGCGAGGCCAAGCGGCGGAGUCGCGAGAUCGAUUCCAUGCUUGCGCGCGAGAGACGCUCCGUGCGCCGCUUGGUCAAAAUCCUGUUACUGGGCGCAGGAGAAAGCGGCAAGUCCACGUUUCUCAAACAGAUGAGGAUUAUUCACGGACAAGAGUUUGACCAGAAAGCGCUGCUGGAUUUUAGAGACACCAUCUUUGAGAAUGUUAUUAAGGGCAUGAGGGUGUUGGUGGAUGCCCGGGACAAGCUCAAGGUACCCUGGCAGAACUCGGAAAAUGAGAAGCAUGGCAUGUUUGUUAUGUCGUUCGAGAACAAGGCAGGGAUGCCGGUGGAGCCCUGUACUUUCCAGCUGUAUGUACCUGCCCUCCAGGCACUCUGGGGUGACUCGGGCAUCCAGGAGGCCUACGGGCGCAGGAGCGAAUUCCAGCUGAGUGAAUCAGUGAAGUAUUUCCUGGACAACUUGGAUCGGAUCGGACAACUGAGUUACCUCCCAAGUCUUCAGGACAUCCUACUGGCCCGGAAGGCCACCAAGGGCAUAGUGGAGCAUGACUUCAUCAUCAAAAAGAUCCCCUUCAAGAUGGUGGACGUAGGCGGUCAGCGCUCCCAGAGGCAGAAGUGGUUCCAGUGCUUUGACGGCAUCACGUCCAUCCUCUUCAUGGUCUCAUCCAGCGAGUAUGACCAAGUGCUGAUGGAGGACCGGCACACAAACCGCCUGGUCGAGUCGAUGAACAUUUUCGAGACCAUCGUCAACAACAAGCUCUUCUCCAAUGUCUCAAUAAUCCUAUUCCUCAACAAGAUGGACCUGCUGAUGGAAAAAGUGGCCAAGGUGAGCAUUAGCAAGCACUUCCCCGACUUCCGCGGAGACCCGCAGCGACUGGAGGACGUACAGAACUACCUGGUGCAGUGCUUCAAGCGCAAGCGCCGCAACCGCAGCAAACCGCUGUUCCAUCACUUCACCACAGCCAUCGACACGGAGAACAUCCGCUUCGUCUUCCACGCCGUCAAGGACACCAUUCUGCAGGAGAACCUGAAAGACAUCAUGCUGCAGUGACUGAGAAACACGUCAGAGAACUUGACCACUGUAAUUCUUACCACUGUGAGAUGAGACUGCCUUCCUCACACCAUUUCUACACAAUCAGAUGAACAGAUAGAUGCAGUAGACAGUUGUGCGUUACUGAUUUAUUGUCAGCUGAUUGCGAAAUAGACUCGUGUAUGUGCUUUUGGCCCACUAUGUACCACUAUGUAUAAGAUGAGGCAUCUGGGAACUGUGAUUCGAAACUGUAGCACAUGUAUAUGAGCAUAUCUGAUGGAAAAUAACACUGAGCUUUUGUGCGUUUGUGUGUAUAUGUGUAUGUGUGCGUGCGUGUUUUGUGCAAGUGAUAGACGAGCAAGAAAGAAAGUCUCACAGCAUUGGCUUGCCGAGUCCUCCCAGAGUCGACUCAUUGUAUAAAAAGACAAAGCGCUGGAGUUAGUCAUCAGAAAGUGAAAUGAAUUACUGACUUCCUGUCUGCUCCUAACCACGGCUGAUCUAAGUGUCUUCCUCUGAAAUAGAUAAAGUCGGGGACUUCGGGGUGAAGCCGUCUGACGGCGCUCUUUGUCCCUGAUUCGAAAUGGCUGAAAAGGAAAAACUUAUUCUUCUUUAUUGUAAACAAAGUUUGAACAUCUCUUUACGGUUGUUUUUUUGCUAUUUCUUCACGGAUGAAACUCUAAGCACUUCUGUUUCAAACCGGUUCAACAAAGAACACCCAAAAACUGAUCUUCUGCACUAACAUGUGAGUUUGAGCCCUUGAUUUUUUUUUCCAUAUCUGCAGUGGCAGUUUUGUAUCCAAACCUAAGCAGAUCCUUAAGAAGUAUUUCAUUUGAAUUAAGCUGGAGAUUUGUACAAAGACAUAAAUGGAUAUUUUGUACCUAGA